GAAUUCAGCAAUGUGCUGCUCACGUGCAGCAGGCAGACUGCGCCUUGAACAUGGCUGAGGAAUUCAAGGACAUUGAUCUGACUGCCGACCAAGCAGAAGGCUCACAGGAGGAAGACUCCGGCGACAGCGAGCGUGAUGGACGUUUUCACGGUCCGGACGCCAGCUGGAAGUUCUACACCAAGGCCGAGCGGGAACUGGCAGCAUCUCUCGACCAAAUUGAGAACAACGAUCUAAGUGCACAUCUCUACAACACUCAUUGUCUCAAACAGCGCUCGUACAAUUCGUUGAGCGUGCUGCCGUGGCAGAGCAAACAGAGAUGGAUCGAUCGAGAAAAUUCCGCUCCGGGGCUGUUCCUUCCAGAUGCACACUGGACUGCAUGCCCUCUAAAACCAGCGGAGGUGCCCAGGACUGGAGAGGCAUGGGGCGUGGCGAUACCGGAUGAUACGCUGGAGACUUAUCGCUACGAGGAGAGUUGGCUGCCUGGUUCGCAGCUGCGAGACUGUCUACAAGCCGAAAUCCAGCGUCAAGCUAAAGAGCGACUGCGGCUUCGCACAUUUUCUGCCGUGGACAUUGAUUCUCAGUCAAGUGGCGAAAUCUCUACUCAAACAUCGGAAACCGACAGCAACGGCUCGGAGGCCGAUGCGUCACCAUCUACAUCGUCGUCUUCAUCGGGAGAAUCUAGUGAUGGUGCGGAACAGGAAGACGGUGAUGCCGCCAAUUCGAACAUCACUGCUCGAGCCUUUCCAUCGGUCGACGAUGAGUUUGCCACCAACCUCACACGGUCUGCAGUUGGUCAUAUUAUGUCACAGUUCGAUGCAGUACUCAAGGGACUUCACCAAAGCCGUAUGGGUCAUGCAAGAGAAGGUUCUCGUUCACGUCCUGGAUCCGCCACAAGCAUGCCGCCUACUUCUCCAGGAACAGAUUCGCAAACUGGCCAUGCCUCGGUCGGCUCGUCUCCCGAGCCUGCGAGUCGUGGCAGCUCAGCGCGACUUCAUCGUGGUCGUCAAGAUCUAGGCACUCGGGAUUGGAGCGAGGUACUGGGUAUUGCUGCUUUGGUAGGCGUAGAUCCCUCAAUCAUCGCUCGCGCACGACAUCGUUGCGCUACACUAUUCAAUGAAGACAUGGACUUUCGCGUAAUGCCUGAUGCUGCGCUGACACACGCAUCUGAGGGACUCGCUCGCGACCCAGCGAGAUCAGCAUCGGCCGCUGGAGGGGCGCCUAAUGUGGAGAUGGAUCUUCGAGACGGAUAUCCCUGCCCGCACACGUCUUGUGACCGCCAUGUCGAAUCGUAUCCUCAGCUUUGGCGGCUCAGAGAGCAUCUCAAGCGGAAGCACAAGCAUGAGACACAAGAAAUCAACGCCAUGGUAGGUCAUAUGAAGCAGUCGGCGAACUCGAGAGCAGGGAGACACCAGCUCGAGAGCGACAACGCAGACGAAGACGAAAACGGAGAAAGCCAAGAUCCAGUAAUAGACACGGUCGUGCACCACGACGAAUAUCUGCAGCCCAUCCUCAUCCCAAUAGGUAGAUCCAGAGAUCGGAAGAAGCGCCGCACACCAAGCAGAGAACAUCUCAAGCGAACAAAGGCGACUCAAAGUCAAGAUAUUGUAGUGGAUGGAGAGACCUCUUGAUUGGAAAGUUUCCGAUCUUCAGUGAGUUUCAUUGUGUCAAAGCUGCUCUUGCAGCUGUCCCAAUCUGUAGGCUGACUACGUAUUCUGUGUCAAUGCAUCAAGCCAUAGUCCUUCCAUUUAGCGCGCUGAGGACGAUGUUGCUCCGAUGGGGCCCCCAAAGGUGGUCGCAGAUGCUGUCCGCUUUGCUCAGAGCCGAUCAUCCUCGCUGUCUCCGUCCUCUGCUUUUUCCGUCUUGACUGCGUGCUUGACGCCCUCCUCCUCGUCGGCGUCAUCUUCGCUCGCGGCUUUCUUGGCUUUGGUAGCUUUGGGUUUCUGCGUCCUUCGUUAGCU